CUGGCGAGCGGAGGGGUGCACGUUGUUGGGUGCGCGUUAUCAGCGGCGGAUGCGGAGUGGCCGCUUCCUCCUGAUGAUAUAAGCGCCGGAUUCCACUAGGCAGGGACGUGUACCCUUUGCAGUCUUCUUUCUAGGAUCUGCUGUUAAAGUUUAAGAAGUAUGGAGCAGUAUCCAGAUCUGCAGGAAGAUCUGAGUCUGGAGGACACCAAUGAAUCCCUUAAUCAGCUCAAGUUGGCUUCCCUAGAUGAAAAGAACUGGCCAGCAGAUGAAAUGCCCAUUUUCCCCAAAUCAGAUGACACCAAGAGCUCCCCUGAUUCUGUCACUCACCUGCGAUGGGAUGACCCCUACUAUGACAUUGCUAGGCACCAGAUUGUGGAAGUAGCAGGCGAUGACAAGUAUGGGCGGAAAGUGAUAGUGUUCAGUGCCUGCCGGAUGCCUCCCAGCCAUCAACUUGAUCACGUGAAGCUGCUGAGCUAUUUGAAAUACACUUUGGACCAGUAUGUGGAGAGUGACUAUACCUUAGUGUAUCUGCAUCAUGGCCUGACCAGUGAGAACAAGCCAUCCCUGAGCUGGCUGCGGGAUGCCUAUCGGGAAUUUGACCGCAAAUACAAAAAGAACAUUAAAGCAUUGUACAUUGUACAUCCAACUAUGUUCAUCAAGACACUACUGAUUCUCUUCAAGCCCUUGAUCAGCUUUAAGUUUGGGCGGAAGAUUUUCUAUGCAAACUACUUGAGUGAUCUGGAGGAGCAUGUGAAGCUGGAGCAGCUGGGGAUCCCAAGCCAGGUGCUAAAGUAUGAUGAGUAUCUGCGAUCACUGCAAAAGCCCUCCCAGGUGCCUCAGAAGACAACCCCGCCUCGCCCUCCCCUGCCAAACCAGCAGUUUGGAAUCUCUCUCCAGCACUUAAAGGAGAAGAGCUCAGACCAGAACCCCAUUCCUCUGGUGGUCAGGGAGACUACUGGGUAUCUACUGGAGCAUGCUCUCACCACAGAGGGGAUUUUCCGGCGUUCAGCAAACACACAGACUGUCAGAGAAGUUCAGCAAAAAUACAACAUGGGACUGCCUGUGGACUUCUUGCAAUAUGAAGAUGUGCAUCUCCCAGCUGUGAUUCUCAAGACUUUUUUGCGGGACCUCCCUGAGCCACUCCUUACCUUUGGUCUCUAUGGUGAUGUUGUCAAUUUCUACAAUGUGGAGGAAGAGAAGCGUGUGGAUGUUGUUCGCAAAACACUCCAAACUCUCCCAGAGGAGAACUACCAAGUCCUGUGUUCACUGAUGACCUUCCUUGGGCAGGUCUCUGCUCACAGUGACAUCAACAAGAUGACCAACGCUAAUUUGGCAGUGGUUUUUGGCCCAAACCUGCUCUGGGCCAAAGAUGCAGCUAUCACCCUCAAAGCCAUCAAUCCUAUCAACACCUUCACCAAGUUUCUACUGGACAACCAGAAGGAGCUUUUUGAAAAUAUGGAGGCUUGACCCACAACCUGUCUGUUCUAGCACACCAUGUGUCCACUGUGACCACCUUCUUCUCUGUCCCUCCCCCUUUCCUAUUCUACCUUGUCUUGGAGCUGUGGCCAAAUCUGCGGAAGCUCCAGAUGAUGAGCCGGGUGAAAGAAGGCUGUGGAGAUGGUACCGUCAAGGAAAUAUGUGUGCUGUGAGAGAUGAUCAAGUGGGGUGGGAAGCUGGCCUCCCCACCCAUGGGAAAGGAGCCCUGCUAUGGCUGUGUCAGGGACGUAAGCAACCACAGGAUGCUCUUAAAUGCUACUGUUUCCUUUCUCUUUCUUUCAUGAGUUGCUCUCCUCAAAUGAGUUUCAGAGGACCCCAGCAGAACCAUUUCUUCCGUCCUUCUAUGAUUGAUUGGGUCUAAUGCAUGUCCCUGCAAUGUGCCUGACAAGGAGGACUCCAUUUUAAUUCCUGUUCUGUGCCCAGAGUUGGUUCUACAGGUUACCCAAAUCAGGCCAGUCUUGCAAUUCUGAGCAACCCCUUAUUUUGAAAGGCUGCUGAGCACAACAUGUGUCCUCAACUCUGACAGAAGAACUGAAUCCUAGUCACAGGGUAUACUUAGGCUGUGGCACCUGGCUAGAGAAGACUGCAUUGAGCUGGGAAUACCCAGUCACCCUACUCGUGCAGAGAGCAGUCUGUCCUUUUCAUGGAGCUGUAGCUCUCACUGCAGGUGUUAGGAAGUUUCCCUCAGUUUGGUUGCCACCUUCCAAUAUUGUGAAGUUUUUUCCUCUUUUGCCAUGCCUUUCAGCAGUCCUGCCACCAAAGCUUCUCUCCAAACCCUUGCAAGUAAGCCUUUUCUCUUCAUUGUAUGUGUGUGCGCGUGCGCGCGUUUUCUGACCAGUGAAUCAGUGGAGAUCAUGCAAGGGAUAUGUACCCUGGUGGUAUUGGCUCCCCAAACUGCCAUAGUCCAAAUUAAACACUGCCGUUCUUGUGAAGCACAGGCACCCUGUUUACUGACAGCCUCCCCACUGGGAUCAGGCUGUCUGCCAGCAAAGGGCUGGUUGUUGAAACCAGACAUCCUGCAGGAACCUUUGCCUUGUGCCAAAGUCGGGGGAAGGUGAGCUUUCCCAUUCAAGUAAGCUUGUCAGCCUUGAUCCUCUAACAAUGCUUGAGUGGAUCUGAUGUACCCUUUGUUUCCUUAGCAUUUGGAUAAGAAGCAUUGCCAGAACCUGCAAGAAGUGGUGUGAUCCUACUGUAUAGUCAAGACGGUUCUUUGCAUAUGUAAACCGUUCUUUCUUUAGAUCAGGAAGUUUAGCCAGUCUCAACUUGCCCUAGGCACAGAUGUCCUAAGCCAAUCUGGUUUUUAUAGAACAGCCAUUUCCUAGUUGGACCUGUGGCAGCUUCUGCUUUUUAUUAAGACUAAAAGGUACAUGUUCAUGGUGUCUCACUUUCAGCUGUCUUAUGGCUGUUUUAUCUGCAUCUAGCCCAUAAACUGACCUUGUAAAAUAGCAGAUCUGGAGUUCACAGGAUUGUGGAGAAAUGUAAAAAGCAUUGCAUACAAACCUAGAACUGGUGCACUCCUGUCUCCGAAUGAUUUGAGCAGGAAGACAUUUUGUGACAAAUUACCAGUGAGCGCUGUCAGGGGCACUAACAUUGCAACAUUCCACAGCUCCACUAUUGGCUGCAACUGUUGCUUUGGCUUUGGGGAGAAUGAUUUUAAAAGGGGAUUUUGGCAAUGACGAAUUUACCAUGAAUAACAAGAUACAGUCACGAUGGGCUUGCUCAUCCUGCACAAGACACAGGAUCAGUUCUUGUGAAGAAAACAGUAAUUCUUAUAGAAAGGAGGUUCAAACCUAGAGGAGCUCAUUCUGCUCUUGGUAGGGAUUCCAAUGUUCUGUUCAAUUGAGACAUAAGGAGCUUUUGCCAAGAAUGAAAAACGAUGAUAUGGAUUUGCCAGGAGCAAGUGUUUCUUGUUCAGAAUACAGCUUAGCAUGAUUAAAUAGGGCAGUGGCUUGUUUGGUGAAACUGUUCUUAUACUGGGCUUGUGGCUUUGCUUUUUAGUUGCUUGUUGGGCUGCCCAGCUCACAAUUGCUGCCUUUCAGGGCAUAGCUUGGUGAAUCCAGGCUGGGACCUCUGGUCCUGUUCCAAGCUAGAGGGCUGUUGGGUUGCUUGCCCUACUUCAGAGUACCCAGGGAGGAAAGCAAGGCUGAUGGUUUUCAAGGAGACAUGCAGUCCAGGCACUUCCAGGUAUGUUCACUGCUGUCUGGCUUCUGGGAUGCACAGCAAGGCUGAUGCGGCUUGAAAAUAACCAUAAUUCGGGCAGGAAGACAGAGUGGUUUGGGUAAGCAUUGGUAACAUUUCUUCACACUUCAAAUUCCUAAAAAGGGUGAUUUUUUCUCUCUCUCCUAUUUUUAUUCUCCUAUAUUGCAGACUUCCAUAUUACUGGGUGUGGCACACAAUGAAAGUGCAGUCACAAAACCCUGGAAGUAAGCCUGUGUAAAUAGCUCUGUUUCUUUCCCUGCUGACCUAUAGGAAGCCUGAAACAUGUGCAUGGUAGUGGUGGCUUCUUUGCCUAACCUAUUUCUCAUUUCUGCCUUUUCCAAAUCUGUUUCCACUGUGACUGUUCUGCAGUGCUGUGUGCUAAACCUGGAUGCACCCUUAGCAAAGGUCUGGGUUUUUGCCAGUUAGCGCUGAACUGCAUCUUCCUCCAUGUUUUGAAUGCUUCAGUGCGUGCUGUCUAGAUCAGGGUGGUAGGCAUCCAAGCAGGUCACUGGAAUUGCUGGUGGAUCAGCAUCUCAUUGGGCCAGUUGCGCUCUUUCCCCGCUUCUGUUGUUGUAAUAGGCGGAUAGCUGGUCAGGUAGCCGUGGCUACAUACAGCUUCCUCUGUCCUCCUGUGAUCUUCCAGUGAUACACCUGCCCAGGCCUCCUUUGCUGCUUGGUUUUCAUGUUUGUUAAUGGCUCUGAUGCUUCUGAGGGUGGAGCACUGUCUCUAUCUUUUGCUUGACUGCUAAAGCCUUUGUGUUGUGGUCCCCCAUGAACACAUUCUGUGCCCUCAGCUCUCACAGUCAGUCCUGUGUAUGUAUUGGGAACAGAGUUCUUGAGUGGUGCAGCUGAGGCCAAUUGGAUGCCUUACAGUAAUUGUCUCUUUGCUGGUUAGCAGAGGAAUCGAUGGCCAAAUAACCCCCUGAUUGUGUGCCGUAGCACUGGGGCCACUAUGCGCAGUUUACAGCUUUGCUUUUUGUUGUUAUCCUCUGCAUUCUACAUUCUCAUGAUUGAUGUUUAUUGGGUACAGGGCUGGGGUUUUUACUGUGACAUUAAUUCACAACCAUGUUUAUUUCCUUCUAAAUUGUACCAAUCUUGUAUUUCACAGUUUGCACUUUUUGUACUUCAAUAAAAACCC